AGUAUCCAAUUAACCUACAAACCCAGGCCAGGCGGAGGAGAGUGCCGCAAUCAGUAAUGUUAGGCGACAACACAUCCUCCACAAUAAUCCUCAAUAUCAGUGCCCCGCAACAUGGGUUCUCAGUUCCCUACUAUACUCCCUAUACAUUCACGAUUGUGUGGCAAAAUUCUGGUUAGCCCCAUCUACAAGUUUGCACUGCGGUAGGCCGGAUCACAAACAAUGAUAAGACGGACUACAGAAAGGAGAUAUAAAGCGUAGUAACAUUGUGCCAGGACAACUACUUCUCCCUCAAUGUUAACAAGACUAAGGAUCUAGUUAUUUAAGAAGGAACUGCAGAUGCUGGAAAAUCGAAGGUACACAAAAAUUCUGGAGAAACUCAGCGGGUGCAGCAGCAUCUAUGGAGCGAAGGAAAUAGGCGACGUUUCGGGCCGAAACCCUUCUUCAGACUAAGUAUCUAGUUAUUGAUUUCAGGAAGGACGAUGGAGUACAUGUCCCAAUCAGCCUCACUGGUGCCGAAGUGAAAAUGGUUGUGAGCUUUGAGUUUUAAUGAUCUGUCAUGGACCAACCAUACUGAAGCGAUAACUAAGAAGGCACAUUAAAGCCUUUACUUCUUCAGGAGAUUGAGGAAAUUUGGCAUGUCUUCAACAACUUUUACCAAUUUCUACAGAUGCACCAUAGAAAGAAUACUGUCAGGUUGGCAUGCAGCUCAGCUUAGUUUUGGAUUUGCCAGGGGAAACAAUCCAAAUUUGUUGAAUGGUGUAGUAGACAUGAUGGGCCGAAUGGCCUAAUGCUGUUCCUAUCACAUGAUCUUAUGAUCCCAGAUUAGGUCAAACCAGGGCAAAUCCACACCUCAAGAGCUAAAACUGGGGGAAACCACUCCGCAAAGUCAACACCAUCUUUCUGUCCAGAUCUGCUCAAAGUCAGAAGUGAGUGGUGCCUCUUACUGGUGCCAAUAAAAUCUGGGCAAAUUUAUUUUGGGAGGAGAUUUCUGGUGUCCAUUAUGUAUUAAAUAAAUGACUCGCUGGAUCUUGCUAUAAAUUAUGCCAAAUGCCCUGACCCUUGUUUCGCUUAAUGCUCUGACAUCUGACCUUGCCUCUCCUCAGGGUCAGGCUUAUCUACUAUGCCCCAAACCUGUUUUGUUUAAGCAAGGACAUGGAGGCUUGUUGCACAUAAGCUUUGAGAAAACAAGUAACAUAAUGGGGAACUUUUCUUAAAGCAGCUUAUUAAGUAGCUGUGUUACUCUGAGUAACAUCACCAUUUAGAUUUGUUCUGCAAUACAUCUUCCAUUCAAAUUCUUAUAAGAAACAGAUACAAUUCAUAUAGGAUUGGACAGGCUAGAUGCAGGAAAAAUGUCCCCGAUGUUGGGGGAGUCCAGAACGAGGGGUCACAGUUUAAAAAUAAGGGUAAGCCAUUUAAGACUGAGAUGAGGAAAAACUUUUUCACCCAGAGAGUUGUGAAUUUGUGGAAUUCUCUGCCACAGGUGGCAGUGGAGGCCAAUUCACUGGAUGUUUUCAAGAGAGAGUUAGAUAUAGCUCUUGGGGCUAACGGAAUCAAGGGAUAUGGGGAGAAAGCAGGAUUUUGGAUGAUCAGCCAUGAUCAUACUGAAUGGCGGUGCUGGCUCGAAGUGCUAAAUGGCCUGAACCUAUUUUCUAUGUUUCUAUGUUUCUUCCUUAAUUUCCAGGAGCAUAAUACCAAAAUGCCGACACAAUAUUACACCUCUUCUGCGGCUGUGACUGGAAUCCUGCAGCCUCAGACCUCUGGAUGUGGAAUCCAGACCACCAGGCCAGUGGAUCCCUACCCCAUCAAUGCUGUGGCACGCAUUCGCCCAGUGACAGGUACGAUUCUCUGGUGUAACGCUAAACCUACCCACUGCGCCUAUUAUGUUGCUGCACGUAAGAAUUUCAUUGUUCUGUUUUGGCACAUUCAACAAUUAAACACUCUUGAGUCUUGUCAGGUCAGAUGUGUAUGUACUUUUCCAAUAGGAUUCCAAUUCAGGAACAUUUCUCCACCGCGAAAUAAACCUGUGUGGAACGACCCCAGACAAAAGAGUGAACUAUGGACUGGCAGUGUAAAGAAAUACAAAGUGAUCCUAAAUCACAGGUCCACGGAGUCUAUCGUCAGUAGAAAGGCCCCGUUUGCUGCACGGACAUUCGAUCCUGGCUACAGAUACAAGGAUAAUCGGAUGGGCAACUUCCCUCGAUACAACACCCUGAAUGAUCCCCAUCUUUUCAAUUACUACGUGAAGAAGUUUGGAGUCGGAAAGCAGCCACGCUGUCUUUCUCGCUCGAGGAGUGCUCUGCUUCCACGAUCAUUUAGCUCCCGCUGUGACCUGUCGAGGACUGGGUCCCUUGCUGACGGUGAUGUUUUGUACAAAGUGAUGGUGAAAACGGGCGAGAAGAGAGAAGCGGGGACUGAUGCAAAGGUUUUCCUGCAAAUGAAAGGAUCACGAGGAAAAUUGACCAAAAAGCGUCUGUGGAAGAAUUACCUGUCAAAAAAUACUGACAGGCCAAAAUCAUUCUCCUUCAACAAGGGAUCAUCACAUAUGUUCAAGAUCUGUGGACCAGACAUUGGGGAACUCCAGAACAUCACAUUAGAGCACGAUGGUCUGGAAAUGCGACAGGCAUGGUACGUUGAACAGGUUUCCAUCACAAACACAGCUCGGAACAAGUCCUGGAAUAUUUCCUGCAGGACCUGGCUGUCCCUGUUUCACACAGAUUGCCAACUAAGUCGUACAUUCAGUCCCAUAACUGGAAGACGGAAUGAAUAUUCUGGCCCGUACACAGGGCAGCAAGUGCAGGGAGGUGCAGCAGUCAAAGUGGAAAGAAAACUACAAGGCUUUUUUUUAAUAAGGCAAAAGAAGAAUGUUUCUUUUGAAACAAAGGUUUGGAAAAGUAAGACUUUACUGAAGCUGGUGUGGUGGAAACAUCUGAAAGACAUGAUGAGAAAGAAAACUGGUGAGGCAGUUUAUGAAGUAGUGACUGUGACUGGCGAUGUCCGAGGCGCUGGAACCGAUGCCAAUGUUUUUGUGACUUUCUUUGGCGAUUUUGGGAUUACACCAAAAGUGCACUUGACCAGCAAAUGUAGAACGGCCUUUGAAAAGAACAAAACUGAUGUUUUUCGGGUCAAAACCAACAACGUGGGCCCGCUGAAGAAAGUAAGGAUCGAACAUGACAAUACGGGAAUGAGUGCCAGCUGGUUUUUGGAUCGGCUUGUGAUCACAGACAUGAACCGCCCUCACCUCCGCUACUACUUCCCCUGUAACCAAUGGCUCAGCAAAGAAGAGGCGGAUGGACUCUAUGUGCGUGAUCUACUAGGGAGUAUGAACCCAAUGGAUGUACCUAAAUUAAACAAAUACAUAGUGAGUGUCUUCACGGGCGAUGUCAAAGGCAGUGGCACUGAUGCUGACGUCUUUAUUAACAUUUUUGGUGAGAAUGGAGAUACAGGGGAACGACGACUCGAUAAUGACAAAGACAACUUUGAACGAGCAAAUGAAGACAAAUUCACAAUCGACUCACCUAACCUAGGACGUUUGAAAAAAAUUACGAUUGGCCACAAUGGCAAAGGUUCAUCAGCUGGGUGGUUCCUGGACAAGGUGAUCAUUGAUGACAUUGGAAACAAAUUAGUGACGAACUUUCCAGUCAACCGUUGGUUUGCAAUGGAUGAAGAUGAUGGUAAAAUUCAACGUGACAUUUUAGUCGGAGGAAGUCAAACAACUGGAGUCGUUUACAAUGUUUCAGUUGUAACCGGAAAUGUUAGAGGAGCUGGAACCAACUCCAAAGUGCACAUCCUUCUACACGGAUCCAAGGGCCUCAAAAACAGUGGGAAAAUCUUCCUGGAAGGAGGCCACUUUGAACGUGGUUUAAUUGACAUAUUUAACGUGGAGAUUGCUGCCCUCCUCAGCCCUCUCAGCCGGGUCACCAUUGGCCAUGAUAACGGCGGAGUCAGCUCUGGAUGGUUCUGUGAGAAGGUGAUUGUUUACUGCGCGUUCACCGGCAUUGAACAGACAUUUCCCUGCCGGAAGUGGUUGGAUGAGGAUGAAGGCGAUGGACUCAUUGAGCGUGAACUCUACGAAAUGGUUUCACUGCGGCAAAAGAGACAAAAAAAACAUCCGUGGUCACUGUGGAUUUGGACAAGUGACAUUAAGAGUGCCGGAACUGAUGCCAAUGUUUUCCUCCAGCUCUAUGGUGACAAAGGGAAGUCAGAUGAGAUGUGCCUGGACAACAACUCGGACAACUUUGAAACUGGUCAAACAGAUAAGUUUAUGAUCGAACUCCCAGACCUGGGCACCUUUUACAAACUCAGAAUCUGGCAUGAGAAACGCCAUCCUUUUGCUGGUUGGCAUUUGAACAAAGUGACUUUAAUGAAAUCACUGACAAAGGAGAAGUAUAAUUUCAAAUGUGGUCGGUGGUUGGACAUCAAUGAGGAUGAUAACGAGAUCAUACGGGAGCUGCCUGCUGAAGGAGACCUGGUGGAUAAAAUCCAGCCCUUGGUGAAGUAUCGGAUUAUCAUCUGUACUGGCACAGUGAGUGGCAGUGGAACCGACGCCAAUGUCUUUAUUUGCCUGAUAGGCUCACAGGGAGACACCGGAGACCGGGUGAUGUAUGACAGCAAGAAUAAUGUCAAUAAAUUUGAGAAAGGCAAUGCGGAUGAGUUUGUCAUUGAGGCAGUAAGUGUGAAGAAAGUGGAGAGGGUGAGGAUAGGACACGAUGGGAGAGGCGGGAGCUGUGGCUGGUACCUGGACAAGGUGGUCGUGAAGGAAGAAGGAGCUCCGGAAACUCAAGCCGUGGAAUUCCCAUGUUACAGGUGGCUGGAUAAGAGUGAGGACGAUGGUCAAAUUGUCCGUGAGCUGGUUCCGUCAGGAGAUGCACAGAUGCUGAAAAAUAUCCGGUACCAUGUCAUGGUGAAGACAGGGAAUGUUUCUGGAGCCAGCAGCGAUUCUAAAGUUCACAUCAAACUAUAUGGAGAGAAGGGAGACACCAGCAAACAGUCACUGGUCACCUCUGACAACGACUUGGGAAAUUAUUUUGAACAAGGGCAGGUGGAUGUCUUCAUCAUUGACACAAUGGAUAUUGGAACACUGAAACGCCUGCUGAUCGGACAUGACAACGUCGGCCUGCGAGCUGGCUGGUUCCUGGACAAUGUUCAGAUCAGGGUUCCAGCACACGGGAAGGAAUACAUGUUCCCUGCUCAUCGAUGGCUGUGCAGGGAUGAGUCAGAUGGCAAGACUGAGAUCGAAAUAUAUCCCAGUGAGAUCACAGAGAUUGAGAAACUGAUCAACUAUGAAGUGGAGGUACGCACAGGUGAUGUCGCUGGAGCUGGCACUGACGCUGAAGUCUUCAUCCAGAUUUACGGAAAAUUAGGAAAAACGGAAGUAAUCCGCCUCCAAAGCCGCUCGAACAACUUUGUCCGAAGAGAAACAGAAAUGUUUAAGAUCGAAGCCCUGGAUGUCGGCAGACUGGUCAAACUCCGCAUCGGCCAUGAUGGGUCCGGCUUGGCUCCGGGCUGGUUCCUGGAUUGGGUCAAAAUCAGUCGACUGAGCGCCAGGACCGUGGAAGAUGACAAAAAGAAGAAGAAAAAGAAGAAGAAAGCUGAGGAGGAUGCUGAUGCCAAGCAGGAGGAAGUGGUGGAGAUCUACACCUUCAACUGUCAGCGCUGGCUAGCCAGUGAUGAGGGAGACCGGCAGCUGGUGGCGGAGUUCCUUCCUGACGAAGCCGAUGACCUUGAAGAGAACACCUACACAGUCCAUGUGUUUACUGGGCACGUCAUGGGUGCGGGAACAGAUGCCAAUGUCUUUGUUAACAUUUACGGUGAGACAACAGACACAGGAGAACGACACCUCAAGAAGUCAAACCACCUCAACAAAUUUGAAAAAGGACAGGAAGAUAUAUUUUUGGUCAAAGCCAUUGAUCUGGGAACAUUAAGGAAACUCCGAAUUCGCCAUGAUAACGCAGGAGGGUACGCUGCUUGGUUUCUGGACAGAGUUGAAAUUGUCGAUGAAAGGGAUGACACCACGUACUUCUUCCCUUGUGAACGAUGGCUGGCUGUUGACGAGGAUGAUGGCCAGGUUGCCAGAGAACUGGUUCCUGUGGAUGAGGCUUUCCUGAAAAGUGAUAUGGACACAGAUGUAAAUUCUCAGGCAACGCUAGGCUUGGAACAAAAAGCCCAGUCCACCACCUACAAUGUGAGAAUAAAAACUGGUGAGAAAAAGAAUGCGGGAACAGACGCCAAUGUGUUCAUUAUCCUGUUCGGUGAGAGGGAUGACACAGGAAUUGUUAAUCUCAAGGCAACAAAAAAUAAUAAAAAUAAAUUUGAAAAAGGAAAUAUUGAUGAGUUUACUAUAGAGGCCGUGGAUAUUGGAGCACUGAAAAAAAUCCAAAUAGGACAUGAUAACUAUGGAGGGUGUGCUGGCUGGUUUUUAGACUGGGUGGAAAUCGAUGCUCCAUCCCUUGGACAAAUACUGCGCUUCCCAUGUGGACGUUGGUUGGAUAAAGCUGAGGAUGAUGGAUACAUCGUACGAGACCUCUUCCCUGCAGACUUACAGACCAAGGACUAUGUUCCAUUUGUUCCAUACGAGAUCACUGUCCGCACCUCUGACGUCUACGGAGCAGGGACUGACGCUGAUGUCUUCAUCGUCCUUUACGGGAGAGAUGGUGUCUGCACCCACCAGAAGUCUCUGUGUGUUAAUAAACGAGAGCGAAAGAUGUACUUUAAGAGGGACGCCGUCAAUAAGUUCAUCAUAGAGUUGGAAGAUAUUGGAGGGUGCAUCGAGAAGAUUCGCAUUGGACAUGAUGGUCGCGGCUUGAGCUCUGGGUGGCACUUGGACAGUGUGGAGAUCCGCCGACUGCUUUCAAAGGGGAAGGGCUCAGAAACGAUUGUGUUCCCCUGUGAACGCUGGCUGGCAAAAUCCGAAGACGAUGGAGAAAUCAUUCGAGAGCUGGUGCCCUUGGAGAUUAUUCAGAAAAAGCUGCUGAAGGACGGGACCCUGAGGCAGACUGAAACCACCGUGGAAGAUGCGCUGGAAACUCACAAUUAUAAGAUUUCUGUGUACACGGGCGAUGUCUACAGAGGAGGAACAGAUGCAAAUGUCUUCCUCACUAUCUACGGAGACCUGGGAGACACUGGAGAAAGGAAACUGAGUAAAUCAGAGUCACACUCCAACAAGUUUGAACGAAGCCAGGUUGAUAAUUUCACCAUGGAAGCCGUGGACCUUGGCCAAAUAAACAAGAUCAAGAUUCGCCACGACAACAGCAUGGCGAGCCCUGAUUGGUAUUUGGAGAAAGUGGAGGUGGUGGACGUGGAUUUAGAGGAGAACUACUUGUUCAUGUGUGAACGCUGGCUUUCAAAGACCAGGGAGGACAAGAAAAUUGAAAGGAUAUUGUUUGCGAAGGGUUUUGAAGGUGAUCGGACUAGUGUUCGCAGCUCUGCCAAAAGCCUACAUGGCUCCUCAUUGAGUCUCCGGAACCUAAACAAUAGUGCCCUUAGCAAGAAGGGUAAAAGGAAGAGUAUUAUUGAAGACACAAUUGAAGAAGGGCCAACCAUCCCCUACUGCAUAACAAUUACCACAGGCCUGGAACGGGAUGCGGGCACCACCAGCAGGGCUUACGUCAUCAUAAUGGGCGCUUACAAGAUUCACACCUCGCGGAUGUGGCUGGAACUUCCUGAAGGGAAGAAUGGAUUUGUUCCCGGCUCAGUUGAAAAGUUCCAGAUUAAGGGAUUGGACGUUGGAGAUAUCAAGAAAAUUGAGCUGGGUCAUGACGGUGCCACUCCAGAGAGCUGCUGGAUGGUGGAUGAGAUGGAAAUCACAGUGCCCACCAAAGGCAUCAUGUAUGUCUUUCAGUGCAAAUGCUGGCUUGCCAAAGACCGAGGGGAUGGAUUGACAGCUAGACUAUUCAGCAUCCUCGAUGCAGAAACUAUCCAAGUUGGCCAGAAGGUCCCUUUCGAAGUAACAGUGAUUACCGGCGACACUCCAAAUGCUGGGACUGAUGCCAACAUUUACAUGUCUGUCUUUGGAGCCAACGGGACCUCGGAGGAGAUGCUACUUGAUAAAAAUGGAGACAGAUUUGAGAGAGGUCAAGAAGAUACCUUCACCAUGGUGAUUUCUGAUAUUGGUCCACUCAGAAAAGUAAGGGUUCGCACUGAUGCCAAAGGAUGUCGUGCCGACUGGUUCCUGGAUAAGAUUUUCAUGCUGAACCAAAACACAAAGGAAAUGACUGCAUUUACCUUCAAUGACUGGCUGUCGAAAACCCGCGGUACCAAGAGAUUGACCACCUGCGAGCUGGCUGCUGUGGUCGACGAGGAAGCAAUGAUGGAGAACACAACCUACAUCAUCAAUGUAAAAACCAGUGACGUUUCAGGAGCUGGGACAGACGCUAAUGUGUUUAUCAUCGUCUUUGGAGAGCACGGUGACACAGGCACCCUGGCGUUGAAGCAGUCCAACAACUCUAAUAAAUUUGAGAGGAAAGCCUUGGACGUCUUUAAGUUCGUAGACAUGCUGAGCCUGGGAAACCUGUCCAAAGUCCGCAUAUGGCAUGACAAUAAGGGCCCAGCAGCUGGUUGGCACUUGGAACAAGUUGAAGUGAAGGAUGAAGCGAUGGAGGAAGCAUUCCGAUUUCCCUGUGACCGCUGGCUUGCCAAGAAUGAGGAUGAUGGGCAGACCAUCCGUGAAAUCCCCUGUGCCAACAAUGACAUUUUGGACCUCUCGGAGCGCACACGCUAUGAAAUCCUUGUCAUGACCGGUGACAGAGAUGAUGCUGAGACAAAGGAGAAUGGCUGGAUUAUUCUUGAAGGGAAGAAAGGGAAAUCCAAGGAACUCACACUGGAGAAUUCAUCCAAGAAAAAGAAGUUCCUGAGGGGGGCAAAGGACAAAUUUGAAUUUUCUUCGAAAAACGUUGGUGACAUAGCGACAAUUUUAGUAGGUCACUGUCCACGGGAUGGGCGGAAGUUCACUUCGAAGAAAGAUGUGGAGUGGCACGUUAAGGAGGUUAUCGUGACUGAGAAGGAGCUUGGUAACAAGUACAUCUUUGAAUGCAAUGCAAAAGUAAAGCUGAGCCACAAGAGAGAUGAACACAAGGUGUUCGAGUGCUCUAGAAUAGUGGAGAGCUUCGCCAGCAAGGUACGCAGUUUAGCGCCCGUCAAAUAUGAAAUCAUCGUCAUCACCAGUGAUGUCAAAGGUGCCGGAACCGAUGCUAAUGUUUCCAUCACCGUCUAUGGAACUAAUGGGGACUCGGGCAAUCGGAAGCUGAAGCACAAAUUCCGCAACCUCUUUGAGCGUGGCAGCACAGACCGGUUCAUUAUCGAAAUACUGGAUUUGGGAGAGUUGACAAAGGUGAAAAUUGAGCACGACAACGCCAAUGCAAACGCUGGCUGGAUGCUGGAACGUGUGGAGAUUACCAACACCGCCACUGGGGUCACCUCCAUCUUUCCAUGUGGCAAAUGGCUGGACAAGAAGAAGGGGGAUGGGCUGCUGCACAGGGAGUUAUAUCCUAAAUAUUAACUUGUGGCAAGAGCCCACCCUCCCUUCUGAUGUGUGGGAAAGAACUGCAGAUGCUGGUUUAAAUUGAAGGUAGACACAAAAUGCUGAAAUAACUCAGCGGGACAGGCAGCAUCUCUGGAGAGAAGGAAUGGGUGACGUUUCGGGUCGAGACCCUUCUGAAGUAUUCCCUUCUUCUAAUGACCUAUGCGUGGAUGUUUCCACAGCCAACUUACCCUGCUAGUGGUUUUUAACGGAUGAUCCUCAGCAAAAAGACACAUCAGCAGAAUAUUCAACACCAAACCCGCUCUUGCCGACUGUCCUUUGAGCUACGAAAACUCAAUGUGGGAAGCUCGUGCCCUGUACAUGGUAACGUGUAGCAAGGGCAGGUCAGGGAAAAUGCUUACCUUCUCCAAAACAGUUGGAACGAAUGCAUGGUUGCCUACGUUGGGAUGAGUGGGAUUGGAAGGACAAGCUCAGGUUCAGCAUUGUUGAGGUUCAGAGAUCUUUGAGUCAAGCCAGACCCAUCAGUGCUUUUGGAUGACCCAGCAACCUUCUUCUUGUCGGGAGAAGAUUGUCCUCAGUGCCACCCUUCUUCUUAAUCUUGUCUGCUGUAUUGGCUGCCUGUCAUGCAUUUAUCUGUCUGCCAUUUUGUUUGCUCAGCAGCAGAUUGCUCAAUACUGCUGUCAGAAGGUAACUGACACCAAACUCAGCAGGCCAGGCAGCCUGAAGAAGGGUCCUAACCAAAAACGUUGCCUGUCCAUUCCCUCCACAGAUGCUGCCUGACCCACUGAGUUCUUCCAACAGUUUGUUUUUGCUCAAUUUCAUUUAAUUUAGUUUAUUGCCAUGUGGUACAGUGAAAAGCUUUUGUUGCGUGCUAACCAGUCAGCGGAAAGACUGUACAUAAUUCCAAUUGAACCAUCCACAGAUACAUGAUAAAGGGGAUAAUGUGAAUAAAAUGUUGUGUCGGGUGGCCAGGAAAAUUAAAUAGGUAUAUCGCUUUCAAUCUUCU